AUGAGGCUUGGAGGUUGUAUGUGGAAGGAUAAAAAAUGUACAAAGUCACCAAGAAGAUCUCAAACUGCAGAGUGGUACUGUUACAAUGGAGAAACAGCUUUCAAAAUGGAAACUGGGAAAGAAAUAGACAAAAUCAAGGCUAUGAUGGAGAGGCUAAAAUAUUCACCUGAUUUCAAUAAAGAGGCUAUGGAUGAGCUUAAGAAUCAACUCAAGAAAGCAUACUAUAAUGAGGAAAUGUUUUGGUCCCAAAAGUCAAGAGUGACUUGGUUGAAGGAGGGUGACAAAAAUUCACAGUUCUUUCAUACUAGUGUCAAAGUUUUCUGUAAAGCAACUCCAGCUCAAGCUGAGGAGCUUAUGAAGAUUUUGGCAAAAUAUGAAAAAAGCUCAGGUCAGAUGGUAAACUAUAACAAAUCUUCUGUUUUCUUCAGUAAGAAUGUACCUGAGGUGGAAAAAGUAGAAGUGUGCAGGAAGUUGGGAAACAUUCAAAUGGUAAGCCAAGGAAAAUAUCUUGGUUUACCCAUGGUCAUCACAAGGUCAAAGGAACAACUAUUUGGUUUCAUCAGAAAUAACUGUCAAAGAAGAAUGGAAAGCUGGAAGAACAAACUACUGUGCAUUACAAGGAAGGAAAUACUUCUGAAAGCCAUCACAAUGGCUCUACUUACAUACGCCAUGUCUUGCUUCAAACUACCAGGAAGACUUUGUAAAGAUAUUAGUGCUAUGAUGGCUAGAUUCUGGUGUGGAGAAGAAAGUGGAAAAAGGAAGAUGCAUUGGUGCUCCUGGACUAAACUUACAAAGGACAAAAGUAGAGGGGGGCUGGGGUUCAGGGACUUGCAGGAUUUCAAUAAAGCUCUACUUGGGAAGCAAAUUUGGAGACUUGUGACAUGCCCAAAUCUACUGAUAAGCAAGAUCAUGAUGGCUAAGUAUUAUCUAGACAGGUCAAUAUUUCAAUGCAAGGUGAGCCAAACAGCUUCAUGGAUUUGGAAAAGUAUGACAAGUGUUGGAGAAGAAGUGGGAAGGAGCAUCUGGAAGAAAAUUGGGGAUGGCAAGACUACCAACAUUUGGGAAGACAGUUGGAUCCCAAACAACAAAGAAGGGAAACCAACUACUGUUAAGCCCCAAAACUGUAGCUUACAUAAAGUGAAAGAGCUGAUAACAAACUUCAGGUGGAAUAGACACCUGAUCUUCAAAACUUUCAAUGGAAAAGAUGCUGAAGAAAUCCUCAAAAUUCCAAUUAGUUUAGCAGGAAGGGCUGAUUGCAGCUAUUGGAUAGCAAGCAAUAAUGGUAACUACUCUGUCAAGUCAGCCUACAAGUUGUUGAGCAAGAGGGAGAAUAGCCAGCAGCAGGAAACGAGAGGGUAA